UCGCUGCUCACGCCGAGCAUCGGGGCGGCAUGCUUUCCCCGCUCAUGAUCGCUGUGAGUGAGGCAUUCUGCGGGUGAGCGGAACCCGCGUCGGAAAGCGAAUGUUGAAGGAUCACCGGCACUGGUCGCGGCACAUUCAGCAUGCCUCAUUCUGAAGUUAGCACAGACAUGUGACAUGUUGUUCAAUUAGAAGGAAUUCCAUUUCCCCACCUCUCGUCUUCUGGAAUCACAGGUGUAUAUGCCCAAGCACUUCACAACUCCAUAGCUAAGGCCACAAGAAAACUACGGCCAUGUCCGAGCCAGAUCAGAAAGCGUGUCAGCGGGCCCCGGUUCGUGUCGGAUUUUAUGACAUUGAGCGCACGCUGGGGAAAGGGAAUUUCGCAGUUGUGAAGCUAGCGAGACACCGAAUCACCAAAUCGGAGGUGGCCAUAAAGAUCAUAGACAAGACACAGCUAGACGCUGCAAACAUGGAGAAGAUCUACAGGGAGGUGGAGAUCAUGAAGCUGGUGGACCAUCCGCACAUCAUAAAGCUUUACCAGGUCAUGGAGACCAAGAACAUGCUCUACCUGGUCACGGAGUACGCCAAAAAUGGGGAGAUCUUUGACCACCUGGCCAGCCGUGGCCGGCUGAGCGAGGCAGACGCCCGUCGCAAGUUUUGGCAGAUCCUGUCAGCGGUGGCGUACUGCCACGAACAGGGCAUCGUCCACCGGGACCUGAAGGCCGAGAACCUCCUGCUGGAUGCACACAUGAAUAUCAAGAUCGCAGACUUUGGCUUUGGGAACUUCUUCCGGCCCGGGGAGCCCCUGGCCACAUGGUGCGGAAGCCCCCCCUACGCAGCCCCGGAGGUGUUCGAGGGACAGCAGUAUGAAGGGCCACAACUGGACAUCUGGAGCAUGGGCGUGGUCUUAUAUGUGCUGGUGUGUGGAGCUCUACCAUUUGACGGGCCCAGCCUGCCUGUUUUGAGACAGAGGGUCCUCGAAGGCCGAUUCCGCAUUCCUUACUUCAUGAGUGAAGACUGCGAGCACCUGAUUCGGAGGAUGCUGGUGCUGGACCCCACCAAGAGGCUGUCCCUCAGCCAGAUCCGUGAGCACCGCUGGAUGGCGCAUGAGGCGCUGCCCCAGAGGCCAGUGCUCUACCAGCAAGGGGGCGUGGCCACCACUGAUAAGGCGGGGCCAGCAGAGCACAGCGAGCAGGUGCUCCGGCUCAUGCAUGGACUCGGCAUCGAUCAGCACAAGACCAUGGAGUCUCUCCAAAACAAAAGCUACAACCAUUUUGCUGCCAUCUACUACCUCCUGGUGGAACGGCUGAAGGCGCACCGGAGCAGCUUCCUCGUGGAGCAGCAGCUCAGCGCUGACCAGCGCCGCCCAAGCACCAUCGCCGAGCAGACCGUCGUCAAGACCUCGGUUCUGGCCCAGACGGGAGUCCCUCCGCACCUGCGCUCCCCUGUCCUCCUGCAGACCUCCACCGACACGUUCGGCUUCUCACAGCAGCCAACUUCUUCAGAGCAAGCUUUUGCUGAGGAGGAGGGGGACACUCCCAAGGUGGACGGUUGCCUACUGGACCCACAGCCACCAGAUGCUGUGUGCAAGCCCAGUAUCUCACUCCCGGCCGACGCCAUGAAGACGUCCGUCGACAAGGGCAUUGAGGCAGAGGAGGAACUGGCUGCACCCAUUGCCGCACGACGAGCCGCCCGCUUCAGCCAGCGAAGGCACACGCUGGCAGAGGUCACCAACCAGCCCGCCACAGGGAAGCUGCUUUCUAUGGGUCUCAACCCAUCUCUCGGGAGCAUGGACUCAGAGUAUGAUGCGCACAGUGACCUCAGCUUACCUGAAGAGACUCCUCCUCUUGGAAUCCCAUUAGUUGCUACGCCCGUCAGUCAAGCGGGCCCUACGUUCGUCUGCAUGAAACCUACUAAUCCUACCGUACAGACCUUGAGCUCAGGGGGGCGGAAUACUCACAAACAUUCACCAGCCAGCUUCUGUGAGGGACGCCGUGCCUCAGACACUUCUCUCACACAGGGUCUUGUGGCUUUCCGUCAGCACCUCCAGAACCUGGCCAGGACCAAGGGCAUCCUGGAGCUGAACAAAGUCCAAAUGGUACCAGGAUCAGGGGCUGGAGAUGCCAGCUUUCAGGCUCAGCCCCACGGAGAAGGACAUCAGGUUUACAGUGGAAAGGACAUGGCAGCGUUCUCUAUUAAAAUGCAUCCUUAUCUGCUGUCCAGAAGACAGUCAUUGGAAACCCAGUAUCUCGCUCAGAGACUGCAGAGGGCCAGUCUUCUGGCCAGUGGCAGUGGACAGAUGUUCUGCAAGGAGCCUGCACCUCGUUCACUGGAGCAGCAGCUGCAGGAACACAGGCUACAGCAGAAGAGGCUCCAUCUCCAGAAACAGUCACAGCUGCAGUCCUACAUACACCAGAUGCAGCUGGCUGAGGACCAGUACCCCCCUGGGCAGGACUGCUUGGACCCCCAGUACGGCACCCCGCUCCCCAGCUCACCCUUCUGCCGGACCCAACCACUUGCCCCGCUCUUGGAGCCCGCCGCCCCAACCCGCUCAUACGGACCCCAACCAGGUCCCUACCCAGAUAUCAGCUUUCCCUCUGCGGCCCCCUCUUCGGACUGCCAGGCACAGUGCCUCUCAAUGCACACUCCGCCUACUGGCACUGAGCCUCUGUACGCCUGGAGCCCGGCUCAGUUGCCGCUGCUCCCGCUCGACCAAGGCGACACCCCUGCAGCCCAGCCCACCCUGCAGACCCCCUAUUUGGACUCUGAGAUGAUGGACACGGUGGAGGCCCAACAAGGCUGUGUGCUUGUGAACUAAAUCAUUUCUCAUUCAGUUAGGAGCACAAUGGGGCUAGAUCUCAGGAUGAGUGGGGCCGCUUGGCGCUGGCCCUCGGGCACAAAUAAGAUAUUGUUGUAGUAAUUUGAAAUCGUAUUGGUCCCACAGAUCUUCCCCUUUUGUGGUCCUGAUCCCAGAAUGGGACAGGCUAUGGAAAAUGAAUGUCUUGCGUUGUCUAUUGUAACACCUGUAGUCUUUUAAAAUGAGCACAAAGAGAACCUGAACAUACUCUGCAGCACUGUUACAAUAGAUUUCUGAAUCAGUAUUAAAGCAAUAUGUUCUUCCUAAAAUGCCCUGUUUAAAAGAUGGGUUGUUUUUACCCAGUUCCAUUUUACAUCCUUAAACUGUUAGUUGAUACUAUUUCUGUCUGAAAUUAAACAAAAGUUGGUUAUUGAGACCUCCUUUGAAAACAAGAGCAGUAUGAGAAGUGGGAAUAAAAGGUAAAAAAAAACAAACAAACAAACAAACCAGUGAUUCGAAGAAGUGAAGCCUUUUAGGCACUUUUAAAUGGAGGAGGCAUAUGGGCUCAUUUGUGAAGGAUGACAACGUAUAGUGAGAGUAAAUAGAUCUGCCCUCACAGUUCUAUUUCACACACCUCUGAACAGAUUCACUUUGGUUUCGUGGGAAGCAUCAGUAUGAGUCAACACAACAGAACAGUUUGAUACUAUUCUUACUGGCCAAAAAGGAUGUUUAAUGCAUGUUAACACUAUGGCUGUUGGAUAUGCUCUCUCCCCUUUUGAAGUUGGAGUGCUAGUGAGGUGCCUUUGUUUUCCUACUACUUUUAAAUAGUUUAAUCUUUUAAUCGGGUACUUGCAAUUUCCUGGUGGGGAGAGUAGUCUUAUGAUUCUCUGCCCCUGCCCCGAAGCCUGCCUAUUUCCACUAGGUGGGGCUUGGGUGUAGAAGAUGAAGCUACAUGGUUAAAGUCCACAUGCCGUCUAGAAGUAUAAUAGCAAUAUUUUGCAGCUCUAGUAAUGUCUCUGGCUCCUAAAAUAGGUGUCAGUAGUUAAACGUGUUUUAAUUAGUUUGUACCAUUUUGUCAGUCAGGAAAAUCUCAUCACUUUGUUAGAAUUUAUAGUCAAGCUUUUGUUGACUAUACUUAGGUUGUGAUUAAACCUGAUGAACAAAUUAAA